AAGAUCAUCAACAGUUAAUCCUAUUUUAUUUUGGGUAUUGGUUUUUAUGAAUCUGGUUCGGUCUCCAAAAGACUCGAAGACGCUUUUUCAUGUUUCGUUGCCUCAAGAUGAUGAGAAAGUCUGUAGAGGGAUUCAGUCAUUGCAGUCAUCACCUGAUAUUUCUAAUAUAAUAAAGGAAGGAGUGGAAUCAUCUAAACUUAUUGAUCAAAGUUCUAGUUCGCAAGGACAACAAUCGGAUCAUUCAUCUGGACUUUCUGAUAAUCAGAGGCCAUUUUCUUCUCAUUAUUUUCCACAGAAUGGAAAUUCUCAUAUGACAAGAUUGCAGUCGAAAGAAGUCUGCUAUUCUCAAAGUUUAUGUUCAUCGAACUCUAGUAUAUCUAGUUUAGCUGGAUAUUGGCCUGCAACACCUCUACAAAAUGGAUCUACAUCUGACUCACAUAUUCAUCAGCAACAUCCGUAUUUAGUUUUUCAACAACAAUUGCCUUCACCAUCGGAUACUCGUUUUGAACAACAUUGUUAUUCGCCACAAGUUACAACACAUUUUCCAUUAUCUGUUUAUUCUUCAUAUCUUUCUCAAAGAAAUUUGGAUUCUUCUUUUGGAAUGAAUAGACAACAACAAUCAGUCGAUAAAUUUUCUUCACUUCCUCCAUUUACUCCAUCACCUUCUUAUCAACUUUACGAUAAUGAUAAUUUAGCUAAUUAUCAAUCUUAUUUGCAAUUGCCAUCUCUACACAAUAAUUAUUCGCCUAUGGAAUCUAUUUCAUAUACUUCUGGUGAUUAUUCUAGUUAUUAUAUAAAUAAUCAGCCUAUUUUUUCUGAUCUAGCUUCUGGAAAUGAUAUCAUAUCACAAUCUUAUACACAGCUUUUAUCACGCAAUCAUUCUUAUCCACCUUCAAAACGAUUAAAAUCUACUGAUUAUCUACCAUCUCCACACUCUAUUAAAACUGGCAAUUCUUUUUCUAAUCGGCCAUUCAAAUGCGAUCAAUGUUUACAAAGUUUUAAUAGGAAUCAUGAUUUAAAAAGACAUAAAAGAAUUCAUUUGGCUGUUAAGCCUUUUCCUUGUCCAAGUUGCGAAAAAUCUUUUUCACGCAAGGACGCUCUUAAAAGACAUAUUUUAGUCAAAGGAUGUAUUGGAUAACUUUUAAUUUACUCUUCUACACAACUUUUAUUACUAUCUCUAUUA